CGUCUACUAAAAUUUUCCCUUCGGUGAAAACAACUUGUAAUAGUGGUUAAAACUAUUUAAAAAAUGAAUAAACAAUUGUAUAUACAAAUCUAUUUGAAUGUUUUCCCUUGUACGUGCGUUUAUAUAUCAACACCGCGCCUAAAUGUAUGCUACAAAUCGGUAAUAACAGUACGCACUUGGCGAUAGCAAACCAAAUUUGCAGUAUGCCUUGACUGCUGUAGGUAAUUGCAUUGCGAUUAACCUCAAAAUACACUUGACCUGAAGUAAAUUGUUAAAGUUGGCCAAAUCGUAACAAGCUACUGAAAAAGAUAACAAAAUUCUAAAUUUUAACAAAACUCGAUUGAAGACAAAAACAAAAGCAACGCAACCGGAAAAUUUGUAGAAAAAGACAAACGGAGAAAUAAAGAUAAAAAUUGCAAUCAAAGCUAGUGAGAGUUUGAAUUCCAACGGACAGCUGUGCCAAGAAAGCAACCGUUACAGACACGUUCUUAUUGCUGGUGUUCAUCUGGUUUUUUGUUUGGUGCGUGCGCGGACACUGCAUAAGCGUGCACAAAAUAACAUUGCUCAAGGGCAUGGAAGCGCAGCAGACCCAACAGACGGAAAAACUCAUCGCAGACAUGCUGGGAUUUCUAGACUCAACGAGUGAGGACGAAGACGACAGCAGCAACAACAUGGACGAGGAGCAGAAUAGUCCAGAAGAAUCGUACGAGAGUGCUAAAGAAAGAAAAUUAAAAAAUUCAAUUGCCAAAGAAUUGACAAAAAUUAAAAAUGACUUUCCAAUUUGGAAUACAAAAGAAAUCACACCCACAUCCAAAAAGCUCACGGAUCCUAUUUGGCACCAAACUUUCACAGCCGCUGGGACAUGUGAGCAGACAGAUGUGGAAAAUGAUUGGAAUUCAAAAUUGGAAUCAAAUUGUCGUCGCAGUAGCAGUAACACAUACGUGCAGGAGGUGAAUCGCGCUAUUUAUGGAGACACCACUGGUCAUCCACCGAAUGGAAGUGCUGAGUAUUUUCAAGCUGCACAAAACUAUGCCAUCUACGGCAAAGAUUUUCUCGAUUUUCCUGAAAAUCUAACGCCACUACUUAACGACAAAGGUGCAAAUACUGGCUACGGUAAUGGCUUAUAUCCAACACCACAAGUGCCGGAGUCAACAACUGGCAUAGGUUUUGCAAAUUUUAGUAAGCAAUCUACGGCCGCUAAUUCAGCCGCUGCAGCUGCUUAUUAUCAAAUGUGUAAUGGUUUGCAAGCUGCUUCCGUACGACCAGCUACUGGAAGUACUGCAUAUGGCAUGUUCCUCGGCAACAAAGUCACUUAUGUUGCGGCAGCUCCUGCUGCACCGCCACUUGUCUACAAUCAACAUUCAUCCACUACAACAAACUUUAUUUCAAAUAGCUUAGCAAAUGCAGCACUUGCCUCCUCGCCUACCAUUUUAUACUCCAAUCCGAUGUUGACCACAACAACACAACAAUAUUUAAAUACAUUUUUCAAAGAGACUCAAUAUUUAAGAGGCGCCACCGCGCAAGGCGCUACUGUUGGUACAACUACAGGUAUUUAUGAGCGUUUGGUAUACGCACUGAUGUUGCAGCAGCAAAUCUAUCACCAAACACAACAGCAGGCUGCAGCUGUAGCAGCGAUGUUCCACAACACUCGUCCAGCUCGUGCUGCCACAAAUGGAGGUGGAGCUGCUCCAAUUGCUUGUGCUCCAAAUUCGCCAACUCAAAAUAUGCCUUCACCAAAUAACAUGUCAGGGUUGAAUUUAUGCGGACGGCAAGCAGUAAUGGCCACAAACCAAACGGAAAUGUUAGUGAAAUCCCCGCCAGUUCCGCCUCCAAUUGUUGCCAAUGGUAACGAAGAUAAUGCAGCUCCAAUGAACGAUUAGUGACUGGAUUUUUUUAGUGUUCUUGUUGUUGUUUUAUGGUCUUCUCUUUGUUGUUAACAUUUAUCUACUUUUUAAUUUCAAACAUUAGAUUUAAAAAAA